AUACUACAGGAAUUACAUCCGCAAAGAAUUCCGAAAAUAUAUGAACGUUGAAUUGAAAGCAGAUAAACAAAAGCAGUUAGAUAAAGGAUAUUUUUUUCUCAAUAGUGGCCACGGAAGGGUGAUUUAGUGUGGACUUUAUAUCUUCUGACAUGUCUGCUUUUCAACAAGCAGUGUUAGCUGUAGAUCCCGAGAGACUCGAAAAAUUUUCUAUAGAGAUGAAAAAGAACAUUCGACAGAAGCCAAAAUCGAAACGAAAAAGUCCAGACGACAAAAAUUCAAGAACCAAAAGACGACAAAAGCAUUCGAAUCAUGAGAGAGAAAAAGCAAAAUCAUCUAAAUCUUCGUCUAGUAAUACCAGAUCCGAAAAUAAAAAUAGUUCUGAUAGAAAAAGAACUUCAUCUCACUCCAGGAGUAAAGAUCACAAACAUGAGAGGAGUACGCCGUCAAAAGCCAAGCGACCAAAGAAGUUCAAGUCUAAGAAUUCAGUUGAUGAAUCAGACUUCGAUCCUAAAGAUUUGGACUUGUCUGUUCCUCUUUCUCCACUGACGGAACUUGUGAAAGACAGAAAACUACUGCUUGAUACUGUUUUUGCAAUAAUAAAAGGCCCUAAACUCACUUCCAUGCUGCCAGAUAUAUUGAAGCUAAUGCCUUUAGAGGAAAUCAAAAAGCUUUGUGGGGAACAGUUGGAUGUUAUGUCAUCCAAAAGGGUUCUUCAUACAUUAUCCGGGACUGUAAUGGUGUCAUCAUCUGGUACUGAUUCAUCGGAUAAUGAAGAGCAUGAUUGCCAACCUGCGGUAGAUGCUGCAGAAGCACUACCUUUGCCAAUAAAACAGGAGCAUAGUCUUCAAGCUAAUUUUGUUGACUCAACAACAAGCGACCAACCCUCAGUCGGACCUUCAAUGCUUUUCCCAUCUGCACUCAGUACAGCACAAGCUACAAUGAUAAACCAGAAUACUCUGGGUAGAGAAAUAGUUGAUGACGAUACUGACCAAGACUCUGUGUCAACAUCAACUCAGCCAAACUUCAUUUAUAUGGAUGACCUAUCUCAUUCAAGUUCUGAUACAGAAGAGGGGGAAGUCCAAACAUCAGAUGAAGAACAUGAAAUAGUAGAACCCGAGGACGAUGUAAUUGUGGUUCAGGAUGACCAAGAAGAAAAUAAUCCCAAUGAGGAAGAUGUUCUUGUUGAAGUUGAAGAAUUACUUGAUGAAGAUUAUAACAAUAAAUUGGAAGAUGCUGCUGAACAUUCUCAACCAAACAAAAAUAGAAGAAAAGUAUCCGUAAAAAAAGUACGCAAACAAAGCAUAGACAGCCCACAGACUAGCAAACUGCCCAAAAACUCUGAUAGUUUAAUUGUAGAAGACAGUACUCGCAAAGAUGAUGAUCCUAGUGAGCAAAAUACCAAAGUAGAAAACUCGAGCGACCCACAUGCUGGUAAAUCCCAACUGGAGAUACUAGAACUUGAGCUCAGAGCGCGAGCUAUAAGAUCUCUUAUGAAAGCAGCACAAUCAGGAAAACUGAAGCCUAUUACUAAAUAACUCUCCGUCUGAAUUUUUGUUGUCUUGUUUUUACCUUCUUCAACGCCUUGCUGAUAAUAAAGAAGACUUGAAAUUGAA